GUAAAUGGUCCUUUCUUUUGGCCUGAUUGGGCUGGUCUACUCCCCUUUUAGCUCCUUCAUUGGCCCAAGCCAACAUCAAUCUGUUGAUUUCCAUGUCCCCCCUCAAGUUUGAAACUUUUUUUUUUUUUUUUACGAGGAAGAGGAAUCGGGUUUCAACCUAACUCUUGUAACCGAAUUCACUGCAGCCGAGAGAAGAAAACACUCUUUCAAUAAUUCACACAUCUGUGCUUGUUCCACGGCUACAGAACAAAAAAGGGAGCUGCGAGGGGAGGACGUUUUCUUAUCCAGCGGAUAUCCAACAUAACAAGCGAACAAACAAGAAACAUGCUGUGAAGCGACUUUCCCCCUCCUGUGCUGCCAGGAUGAAGACUUGAGAGGUUUUGUUCAGGUUAACUUGUCAUCUUGUUGGCUGACCGUUCCUGUGUCCCACUGAGGUGAAGGAAAGCUUCUUCCUAGAACAAGGCCCGAGUGUGGAUGAAUAGCUUCACUGUGCAGCCAAGACUCUGGCAGACUUGACCAUGGACUCCUUCAGCACGAAGAACUUAGCCCUGCAAGCGCAGAAGAAGCUGAUGAGCAAGAUGGCCACCAAGAGCAUGGCCAGCCUCUUCAUCGACGACACCAGCAGCGAAGUGCUUGACGAGCUGUACCGUGUCACCAAGGAGUACACUCGCAACCGCAAAGAGUCCCAGAAGAUCAUCAAGAACUUGGUGAAGAUGGUGGUGAAGCUCGGGGUGCUCUACAGAAACAAUCAGUUCAACACCGAGGAGCUGAUCCUGGUGGAGAACUUCAGGAAGAAAGUCCACACUCUGGCCAUGACGGCGGUCAGUUUCCACCAGAUCGAGUUCACCUUUGACCGACGCGUCAUGAGCGCCAUCUUGAAUGAUUGUCGUGAACUGCUGCACCAGGCCAUCAAACGCCACCUGACAGCCAAGAGCCACUCGCGAGUCAACCACGUCUUCAAUCACUUCGCCGACUGUGACUUCCUGGCUGCUCUCUACGGGCCCUCUGAGGUUUAUCGCGCACACCUGCAGAGGAUCUGUAACGGGGUCAACAAGAUGCUUGACGAGGGAAACCUCUGACCUCUGCUGGCCUCGUCGUCUGGCGCCUUUUACUUUUGGUCACCGAUUCCCUACAAUCUUGCUGGUUUUAUUUUUUUAAGGUGGCAAUCAUGAACAUUUUUAUUCUUCCUUUGUUGCUUUCUGUUUGUGUGUGUCUGUCAGUCGUUACUGUCACACUGAAAAUUCUUCUGGCUAGUUAGUCCAAAGUCUGUUUCUUUUUAAGCAUAAGUUUUUAUUAUUCCACAGUAAACAAAACCCACCAGAUUUUUUUUGUUGUUGUUGUUGUUUUUUUGUUUUUUUUUUUUAAUGAAUGUAAAACUCCAUGCUCUUAUCAGUAUAUUCAGAGGUAGGAGUCUUGACAACUGUGCCUUGGGAAAAAAAACACAUUUCUAUCUUUCCAAGGGCACCAUGCUUGCUCACUUACUUAAUCAAAAAGACAUGAAUCCAGGCACAGGCUUUCAGUUAUAUUUCUGUGAGGUGCCUUUAAUGGACGAAAAUGGUUUGGGGAGCACCAGGAGAGGAGAUGAAUUUCGGUCUCUUUCAAAUACCCAAGGAUAUAAAGAAGUUUUUUUUUUUUCAUUUGUCCGUUUUUCUUAAAGUGGUAUUGCACUCGAUUCUGAAUAAGCGCUGUACUGUACUUUCCUGAAUAAUGAAACCAUGUGAAGCCCGGCAGUUGAGUAAUCCUGCUUAACCUGCAUCUUACAACUCUCACCAUCAUGCACUGAAGUCCACUUUGUAGAGAGGCCAGGCUUUUGUUUAGGAGUCACCUAUAAACCUAGUUUGGAUUUAACAGUCUGGUUUAUAGCCACCACGACAAAAGUGAAGUAUUUGGGUCAUAGGGGGACCAUAAACGUGAAGGAAUUUGAUUGUGCUGUGUGCUGUUGAUUGUCUCUGCGCAGACUAAACUGUCUCGCUGACUUUGUCUGUGUAUAUGCUCAUUUGCUCAGACCAACUUUCUUUUUUUCCUUUGCCUACAAAUGCCAUAAACACAGCAGGGGAGCGGAGCAAUGUGGCACCAGGUGCAAAGGGUUGCUCUGGCAUUCUGAGGGGAAUAAAGCACGAGUGCAGUGGAACCACUCGUCAUAAAAGAUGUUUGAGCCCAGGGUUGGCUGUGUUUCAGAUUUAUCGGUGUUGCCUCGGGUUUAUCCAAAAAAAGCACUAACCUCUGGUUUAAAUUCUGACAGAUCUGAACUAAAAAGACUCCCCAUGUGCAGCCAGAUGAAAGGCUGGACACAAACUGCAGCUUCGAGUCUAUGAAAAGGACCAGGCAGGGUUUAGAGAUUAGAGCAGAGACAAACACAGAACCUGAUUGUACUCUCCCUCUGCAAUUAUAGCCCCCAGCUCUGGGGUGGUAUAAUGGCCUAUAGCCUGCCUCUGACGAGCAGCUACUCCAUUUACCAACACAGCAGCCUCGUGUUAUGUGAUGGAGAUAACCAUCUCUGUUUGCAUGAUGCAAGUCCUUUAAUGGAUUUAAAGAUGUUGUGUUUCUUGUUUAUAAAGGAGCAUAUGAAUAGUUACUACUAUCCCUCUUGAACCUCACAUAAUAACUGUCUUUCCUUUUUGUCUAUGUGUUUUUGUAUCUCUGAGCCUGUCUGGGAGAUUGUUUUGUGCUGCGGCCUGAUUUUGUAUUCUGCGUGUGAGCGUGUGCGUGUGUGUUUGUGUGUGUACCUGUGAGAGAAUUGGAAAUUGAGCCGUGUAAUAAGCACUGUGCUUUUCCAGAUAGGAUUGCUGAAACUUUUAACUUCAUCCACAGCAGCUCUGCCAAAGAAAGGGAGACUGAUAUUUCUCUUAAUGCAGUCUUUUUCCAGAGGAACAUUUCAGAAAACAGUAUGCACUUGAUAAUUAUAACCCUGCUAAUGGUGACAGUGAAGACGAAGGUGUUGGCUUUUGUGGUUCCUUUUUUUUUUCUUUUUUGUUAAUUUGCCUUUGAUAGUCUCAGUGUAUUCUCAUUUGUUAGAACCAUUUGAAUCUGACUGCAUCAUUUUGGGAGACUUUGAAGUAAAUCCUUCUUCCUAAGUCCCCCAAAACAGUUGACUUUAAUUGUCUUUGGAUGCCAUUUUUUUCCAAUCCCUUCACAUCUCAGGGUUAGUUUAAAUCUCCCUCGAUUUAAAAUCCAUUACACACAAAGUAGAAAUCACCAGGAACCUCACUGCCCCACUUGUUUUACUCCAUAGGCCUUUUGAAUUAAGCAUCCUUUUGUUUUUACUAUGAAUUGUGAACUGUUUUUAUUUUCACUCAUGUACAUACAAUUGUUUUUCUGUCUCUGUCUGUAUUGUAUCCUGACACAGCAAAUAUAAUACAAUUUACUUUUUUAAAAGAA